AUGCCUCUGAAAGCAAAAAUACUCGAUCCCCGGGUCACAUCAAGAGCUCAGAUGUCCACAGGAGACGUAAAGCAAAAGAUCAGGCCUUCGCCGGAAGACGAACCCGAGGAUGUGCUCUUCAACAACUUGUAUGGUCUUCGCACCGUCGAGCUCAAUCGUCCACAAAAGCUCAACUCGCUGAAUGCAUCUAUGAUUCGAAAAAUUGUACCCCGCCUGGUCGAAUGGGAGAAAUCUGACAUGGCAAAUGUGGUAGUGAUGAAGGGCGUGGGCGACAAGGCUUUCUGUGCAGGCGGCGAUGUCAUGGCACUGGCGUUGCAGAAUCGGGAAGGACCUGAGGGCCAGCAAAAGUCGGCCGAUUACUUUGCUCUCGAAUACAAACUGAAUCACUAUAUCGCGACUUAUAAGAAACCAUACGUCGCCUUCAUGGACGGCAUCACCAUGGGCGGAGGUGUGGGCCUCAGCAUACACGCCCCGUUCCGGAUAGCCACCGAGCGCACCACCUUCGCCAUGCCCGAAACUACUAUCGGCUUCUUUCCUGACGUCGGCGCCUCAUACUUCUUGCCGCGGUUGCCUGGUUCAAUCGGAAAGUACCUGGCCCUCACAAGCGAGAGGUUGACUGGGGCAAACGUCUUCUACACGGGAAUUGCCACACACUACCUUCACUCGACGAGUUUAACCAGUCUCGAGAACCGCCUUGCCGAGCUGCGCUUUAGGGACUAUGACUCUAUGGAAAUGCGUCUGAAGAUCAUUGAGAUGACGAUCGAGGAGUACGCCACCGGCUUGCCGCCCUUGGAUAAGGAACCAAUUAAGCUCGCUGGCGAACUUCGAAGAGCCAUUGACCGAUGUUUCAGCAAGACUAACGUGCCCGAAAUUAUGGCUGCCUUGGAGCGCGAGGAGGGCUCUACCAAGCAAUGGGCAGUAAAGACCCUGGAGACACUGCACAAACGCUCGCCGACGUCAGUUUAUGUCAGCUGCAAGCAAAUGGACAUCGCCAAGAACUGGAGCAUCUCGGAAACCUUCCAGCGAGAAUACCAGAUUGCGGCACACUUCAUGCGACAUCCCGAUUUCACUGAGGGUGUGACUUCACUCCUGAGCAAGCCGCAGAGGACGCCGCAGUGGACGCCGGCCACGUUGGAAGAUAUCACGGACCCCAUUGCUGCAGAGCCUUUCUUCCAGAAGAGCGCAAUGACAGAAGGGCUGGAGCUCUUGGUCGAGCGCGACUACACGAACAACUACCCGUACACCUAUGUCGGCGUUCCCAGCGAACAAGAGGUACAGCAGCUCGUGAGCGAGGGCACGCGGAGUCGACGCGAGAUUGUGGACGAGUUUGUGCAGAGGAAGAACGGUCGGCAGGGUAUCGCUACAAUCGUACAGGAAAUCCUGAGACGCUCGACUGCGGUGGAUGAGAAUGGACAUGCGCAGUGGGUGUACGAAAAUCAGGGGCCUACGAUCUGA